UAAUCAUCUUGAAUCAUUUGCUUCCCUAAUUAAACACAUCUAUUGGUUAGAUGGUGGAAAAUGUUGGUUAACCGAUGAAAAGAUCAUCUCAACUUUGAAAGAUCGAGACAUUUUCGGCCAUGUUUAUGUUACACCUUUACAGAAGUGACCGUUACCUUUUGACCCUUUCACCAUGAAUAUUUAUUCAAAUUCCUUACCAACAACCUACAUGACAACAACGGUACAUCAACAACCAACACAACAACAACAACAACAACAACAACAGUCCAACACCAUUGCGAACAAUGUUAUACUCAACAGUUUACUCGACAACAACACCGAGAUAAAACCAUCAAUGUUAACCGAUAUUUCAAUUGAUUUACUUUCUACCGACUAUUUACCCGAUCCAUUGAUUAAUUCAACUGAUUUAACUUCAUUGGACAAUUAUGAAGACGGUGAUGAAGAAGAUGAUGAACAUUUACUAAGUGACCAUAACUACGAGACCAUAAUCGAUGAUACAAGUCAUCGAAAAAGUAAAAUGGCCAAAAAAACAUACGAAACUACAUGUGAGCCCAUUUACCAUUCACCGAAUCACAAUGGAUCUUAUGUCAACGAUAAAUCGCAAAGUCCACGAAUAACUUCAUCAACUGAGAUUAUUUUAGUCAAACGCAGGCCAAGUUCGGUAUCUUCAACCUCAUCUUCAUCAUCCUCAUCAUCAUCUCAUGGAACAAUUAACAAAAGAAAUGAACGAGAAAGAAAUCGAGUUAAAUUAGUCAACAUUGGAUUUCAAACAUUACGACAACACAUUCCCAAUGGUGCUAAAGGUAAACUGUCCAAAGUUGAGACCUUAAGGUCAGCGGUUGAUUAUAUUCGGACAUUACAAUCAGUUCUUAAUGGUGAUGAUCCAACAAUCCAAUCAAUUGAUAGUAAUAACUUCAUGUGCCUAAAAAAUUUGGAAAAUUGUUUUUCUUUUCAAUAGUAAACAAUUAAAAAAGAUCAACAAACUGUAUACCAACCGUUUUUCUAAUUUAAUUAACAAUCAUUGUAACAAUUAUAUUAAAAUUGCCUUUCUUAAUUAAUCGAUUAACAGUUUUCCAUAAUUUCUUGUUCAUUAAUAGUAAAUUUUAUGCUGACCGCUGGUCAAUUUUUCCUCAACCAUUUGCUUGGUAUGAUAGUUAAGGUAAUAAGAGACAAUCAAGUAAAUUGUUUAAAGAUGUAAAUCAAAUCAAUUGGAUGUGAAUUAUGGUAACAUGAUUAGUUGAUGAUUUACUCCAAGUAAAUCCGGUCAUUAACUCAUUCUUUCAAUUUCUCUCUCACUCUCUUUCUGACCCUUGUCCACUUCUUCUUACUGGACACCUUUCGUAAGAUGGACAAUUCAUUCAUACAUUUUGAUACCGAUGUUGUCUGGACUCUGUCUGUUUCCCCCUUUCUCUUGUUAUUAUUAUGUUGACCUUAGGUCAGUGGCCUUAGGUCAGUAAACAUUUAUAAAGAGAGAGAGAGAGAAAAGAGAGUGACCAAAACGCGCCAACUCUUUUCUAUUGUGCUGACCCUUGACCAGCUUUAUUAUUCUUCGCAACAAAAGUUCACCUUUUCAUCUUCCUCUCGACUUUCAUUGAUUUCUAACAAUUGGUAAAUUACAAAUGUAACUUUGUUUUUAAUUCUCAUUGAAAAUUUUAUUUCCUUUUCUUCACAAUUUGUUUUUUUUUAUAUUCUAAAUUGAUCCGGUUUUUAAUUGACUCAAUUAAUUCAUAAUCUCAGGUGUGUUUGUGAAUCGCGUGAAUGAAUAUAGUUACAUACACACGGAUCUCUAAGGUAAAGUUUUCUUUUUCAUUCUCUAUUCGAAAGAAGAAAAAGAAAAUUAAUUAAAUUUGAUUCUCAUAUUGAAUGAGUCAAUUAAUUGAUUGUUUUUCUUUCGUUUCCCUUAAUCCAUAAGCAGAUGUAAGAGAAAAUGUAUUGAAUUUUGAUGGUGAAUUAGAGCUGCAACUAUACAACAGAGGCUUCGACACGAGCCAAAGACCUUAGACCCUCUUCUCGAACUCUAUGACUCCUCCUCCUCCUCCCACUAGGGCUUCAUACCAGCA